AUGCGUACCACCAUUGCCGCCGCCGCCGCCCUGGCGAGCGUUGCCCGCGCCGCCACCACCACCAGCGCCUACACCGAUGAGACCACCGGCAUCACCUUCCAGCGCUGGCAGGACGCCAGCACCGGCUUCGCCUUCGGUGUCGCUCUCCCCGAGAACCCCGAGGCCACGACCGACAUCAUCGGCCAGAUCGUCUCUCCCGGCGCCGGUUGGGCUGGUGUUUCCAUGACCUCGUCCAUGAUGGCCUCGACGCUGAUUGCUGCUUGGCCCAACGGAGACGACAUCGUCGCCUCUGCCCGCAAGACCAACGCCUACUCCAACCCCGCCGCCAUGGCCGACGUCACCCUCACCACCAUCCCCGAGGGUACUUUCGUCAACUCCACCCACUACUCGUACACUUUCCUGUGUAAGGGUUGCGUUACGGGUGACUCUGGUGCUUUCGAUGUUACCACCACCACGGCCGUUCUGGGCUGGGCUUUCUCCAAGACGGCCCCCACGACCCCCGGCAGCGCCGACAGCGUCCUGAACUACCACGCUGCCGGUUUCGGUGCCUUCGGCAUGCCCAUUGCCGACGCUGAGUCUGCCGAAUUCGAGACCUGGGCCAAGCUCGCCACCGCCACCUCGGGCGGCUCCAGCACCACGACUGGCUCCAACUCGACCACCACCCCUGGCUCUGCUACCACGCCUGUCUCGACCCCGCUGUCGACCCCCACCACCCUCAACGUCACCUACGACUACAUCGUCGUCGGUGGUGGUGCCGCCGGUCUCGUUGCCGCCGGCCGUCUCGCCGAGACCAAGAAGUCGGUUCUCCUGAUCGAGCGCGGUGGCGCCUCGACCAAGUCCAGCGGUGGUACCGACACCCUCGACUGGAACAACACUGUUACUCCCUACGAUGUUCCCGCCUACGGCUACGCCGUUGACCAGACCGGCGAUGUCUCCUACUGCACGGACACUGCCUCGCAGGCUGGCUGCAUUCUCGGUGGUUCUUCUUCGAUCAACGCCGAGAUGUUCGUCAAGCCCCAGGAGGCUGACUUCGAGAACUGGCCCGAAGGAUGGUCGUGGGCCGACGUUGAGUCGUCUGCUCAGGCCUUCUACGAGCGCAACCCCGGUACUACUCUGCCUUCCAAGGAUGGCCGCCGCUACAACCAGGGCGUCUACGAGACUCUGUCCAAGCUCUUCACUGCCAACGGCUGGAGCGAGGUUGACGCCAUCGAGGAGCCCAACAAGAAGGAGAAGGUCUUCUCGCACCCUCCGUGGAACGUCAAGGAUUCUCUCCGUGCUGGUCCGGUCCUGACCUACCUGCCCGCCGCCCAGGAGCUUGACAACUUCAACCUCCAGCUCAACUCCAAGGUUGUCCGCGUCAUCCGCUCCGGCUCUGCCAUCACCGGUGUUGAGGUCCAGACCGACUCGGGCGCCACCCAGAUCAUCAACCUGACCAGCAACGGCAAGGUCGUCCUUGCUGCCGGUGCUCUGUCCACUCCCCGCAUCCUGUUCAACUCUGGUAUCGGCCCGGCUGACCAGCUCGAGAUCGUCGCCAACGCCAACAACGGCAUCGAGCUUGACUCUUCCGACUACAUCGAGCUCCCCGUCGGCAAGGGUCUCAAGGACCACCCCAUUCUCUCCAUGACCGUCAACGUCGCUGGUGGCAACAUGACCGUCUUCGACCCCACCAACCCCUCGGAGAACGACAUUGCUCUCUACAAGCAGGGCUCUGGUCCCCUUGCCGAGGGUAUGCAGCGCCUGAACUUCUGGACCAGCGUCGAGGGCUCCGACGGCAAGACCCGCUACGUCCAGGGUACCACCUCGGUCUCCAGCUCCAACGCCAUCAAGGUCAAGGUCUACCUCACCCACGGUCUCACUUCGACUGGUCGUCUCGGCAUUGAUGCGUCUGGCGCCACCACCCUCAUGACCCAGCCUUGGCUCAACACCGAUGCCGACAAGGAGGCCAUCACCUCUUUCCUGAACGAGUUCUUCGGCUACGUCCAGAAGUCUGGCACCCUCAGCGUCACCUCGACCACCGGCGGCAACGUCACCGCGGCCGACCUGAUCGCCAAGCUCACCACCGGCUCGCACUUCGUCGGUACUGCCAAGAUGGGUACUGACUCUGGUCUCGAGAACGACGGCACCUCGGUCGUCGACACCGACUGCAAGGUCUACGGCACCGACAACCUGUACGUCGUCGACGCCUCGAUCCACCCCGACCUCCCCACCGGCAACACCCAGGCCAUCGUCUACGUCGCCGCCGAGCACGCCGCCAAGAAGAUUGCCGGCCAGACCACCACCAUCUCCACUGGCUCGUCCUCUGGCUCCAGCUCCGGCUCGGCUUCCAGCCAGAGCUCCGCCGUUGCCUCUUCGGCCUCCUCCAACACCGGCUCCUCUUCCGGCUCUGAGUCCUCUGGCUCCGAGUCCUCCGGCUCCGAGUCCGCCGUCGCCGAGUCCGCCACCACCUCGACCACCGUCGCCGCCGCCGCCACCACCCCGGCUCCCGAGUCGGGCUCCGGCUCCGGCUCCGGCUCCGGCGCCUCGACCGUCACCACGACCGUCACCGUCAAGAACACCAAGAUGACGACCGUCUACGUGACCGUCGCCGCUGGCGAGGCCGCCUCCACCCCCGCCGUCGCUGCCGUCGCCAACAACAACGGCAACAACAACGUCGGCGCCGCCAACGUCCAGACCUCGACCUACACCCAGGUCGCGGCCGCCGCUGCCUCUUCCACCUUCGCCACCCAGGUCGUUGCCGCCGAGGCGUCGGUUGCCAGCUCCGCUGAUGCUUCGCCGGCCCUGCCGACGAUCAUUGCUAGCGGCAUCGCCAGCAACUGGACCAACAUCAUCCCCAGCGCUGCCCUGACUCAGGUUAUUCCCCAGCCGACGGGUCUGGCUGGUGCCGACCACGCGCUGCCUGAGGGCACCCGCAUCAAGGAUGUGUUGGAGUGGUUUACGUUUGUGUUUGAGAGCGUUGUUAAGGGUGCGUUGAGGAAGUAA